UGUACCGUGCUUAGCAAUGACCGUGAGGAUGUUUGCUGUGUACAUGGUGUAUUAACAGAAUAAAACAGAACUGAAGAACAAUGUCACUAUCGGGUUUACUUCAGUUUUUCAGACAUUCUCUUCAGCGUCUGGAGCUCAGUUUAGCGCAAGCGACGGGGUUUGACAGAAGCUUGGGUCCAGCUCUUGCAGUGAAUGGUCCCAGCAUUCUCCCGCAAGCCCAUAACAGCUAUGAAGACAACUCAGAUCCCAGUUUCAUGGACAGUAUCUUUUGGAUGGCAGCUCCAAAAAAGAGACGAACCAUCGAGGUGAAUCGUUGCAGAAGACGAAACCCAAAUAAAUUGAUAGAAGUCAAGAACAAUAUUGAGCCAUGUUCAGAGUGUGGCAACAUGAAAUUGAAGCAUGUUUUGUGUGGAUUCUGCUAUGAAAAGGUCAGGAGGGAGACUACAAUGAUACGAAAGCAAAUCUCCAUCAUGGAAGGAGGACCACUCAAAACUCCUGCUGUGGAAUCUGUUGUUUUGUAUGAAAAUGAAACUCCUUCUGAUGCAGACAAGGGCAAGAGAAUAAUAGAACGGAGGAGGAAACGACCAUAUUGGUUUAACAUGUAGUAUAUGUAAUUACAGUGUAUAAAGACAUACUGUUUUGUUUAAUAAAUAUCCAAAUAUUGAACAUCUUUUAUGAUUUUGACUUUGUGAAUAUUGUAACCGUUUGAUGGGUGCUUCACUGUGAUAUACACAGUAGGUAGACAAACUGGUGUUUUGUGUCAUAGUGGUCACUGGAAUCUGGAUCUGUUUUAAAGCAUAUAGUCUCUUACGAUGAAUUAAAUGUCCUUAAAGAGAACAUGGUUCAUUUCAACAUUCAUGUUCUACUAAAUAUAAAUACAGCAUUAAUAUACAAUAAUGAUCUGGCCACUCAACAACGUGCACUCAUGGUCCCUUUAUUCUUAGAAGUGCAAUGAUUUUAAUACAAGUCACAAUAUAUGUAGCUCAGAUAUCAGUUCAUACUUGAUCAAGUUUGUCUUCAAGAUGUCUGUCAGCAUGUACUAAAUUACAUCCUCAGUCUUUCAAAAUAAACCCAGCUCUGCAUUUCAACACUGACGUUUGAU